AUAUUUUUAUUACUAUGGUUAAUACCUGAUACCUGAUGUACUCAUUACUUAUAAUGUACUGAAUCAGACGGAGCUAUUAAUAGUAUUAUAUAGUAUCCAAGUCGUAUGAUUAUAUUAAUCUUUGGAAUUAUUUAUCUUAUUAUUAUACAAACAUCUUAUGGAAAAAUACAUACUAAUCAAUGGUUAGUACGAUUAAAACAUAAUGGUAAUGAUAAAGAUGAAUUGAAAAGAUCAGCAAAUGAAAUAGCUAGAGAACUUGGAUUCAUAACAUUAAAUGAGCAUAAUUAUGGUGAACCAAAUGAAUUUGUAUUUACACAUAUAGGUUUACCAUAUGCUCGUGGUACACCGAAUUACAUACAUAAUCAUCGUUUAAAUAAACAUCCAUCAAUUUUGAAUGCUGUACAAAUUGAAGGAUUUGUACGUAGAAAACGUGGUUUUCGUCCAUUAACUGAUGAUAAUUUAGGUCGAAUUAAUAUUCCAAAAGCAAGAAUAUUAACGAAUAAAGAAAAAGAAUUAAGUGAAUUACGAAGUAAAACAGAUCCAUUGUUUAAAAAUGAAUGGUAUUUACAUAAUGUUGGACAAGCGGAUGGUGUUCCAGGAUUAGAUUUAAAUGUAUUAGCUGCAUGGUCACAAAAUAUUACUGGUCGUGGAGUGAUUACAGCAAUUAUGGAUGAUGGUGUAGAUUAUUUACAUCCAGAUAUAGCUGGUAAUUAUGCUGCAGAGGCAAGCUAUGAUUUUUCUAGUAAUGAUGCUUUCCCAUAUCCACGUUACACAGAUGAUUGGUUUAACAGUCAUGGGACACGUUGUGCUGGAGAAGUUGCUGCAAUUGCUGGUAAUGGGGUUUGUGGAGUUGGUGUUGCACCAGAUUCUAAAGUAGCUGGACUACGUAUGUUAGACCAACCUUAUAUGACAGAUUUAAUUGAAGCAGCUGCAAUGGCCUAUGCCCGUGAUCUAAUUGACAUAUAUUCAGCUAGUUGGGGACCUACAGACGAUGGGACGACCGUUGAUGGUCCAAGAAAUCAAACUAUGCGAGCUCUAGUAGAUGGUGUGAACAAUGGUCGAAAAGGUAAAGGCAGUUUAUAUGUAUGGGCUUCAGGUGAUGGUGGAGAGAAUGACGAUUGUAAUUGUGAUGGUUAUGCAGCUAGUAUGUGGACAAUAAGUAUUAAUUCAGUUACAAAUGAUGGUCAUACAGCUGUUUAUGAUGAAUCUUGUGCUUCAACAUUGGCUUCAACAUUUUCCAAUGGUAAGAGCCCAUUUCUUCGUGAUGCUGGAGUUGGAACUAUUGAUUUAUAUGGAAAUUGUACACUUCAUCAUUCAGGUACAUCAGCGGCAGCACCAGAAGCAGCUGGUGUAUUUGCUUUAGCAUUAGAAGCUCAAAAUGAACUUACUUGGAGAGACGUACAACAUCUUACCGUACUUACUUCUAAACGUAAUCAUUUAUACGAUAGACAACAUAAUCAUAAUUGGACAAUUAAUGGUGCUGGUUUAGAAUUCAAUCAUUUAUUUGGUUUUGGUGUACUAGAUGCUGGUGAUAUGGUACAUUUAGCAAAAAAAUGGAAAACUGUACCUGAACGUUUUCACUGUAUUGCUGGAACAUUUAAUGGUCGUAAAAUUGCACGUCUUGGUCAACCUAUAUUUUUAGAAUUGGAUACUGAUGCAUGUAUGGGCAAUCCGAUAAAUCAAGUUAAUUAUUUGGAACAUGUUCAAGCUUUUAUAACAAUUAAAGCAACACGUCGUGGUGAUAUAACUUUAUUUCUUACUUCACCAAUGAAUACAACAUCAAUGCUAUUAAGACGUCGACCUAAAGAUACUGAUAAUACAAGAGGUUUUACUAAAUGGCCAUUUAUGACUACACAUAUGUGGAGUGAAAAUCCUCGUGGAAAAUGGUUACUUACAAUUGGAUUAGAUUCAAAUUCUAAAGAUCCAUUAGGUUAUGCAAUUCUAACAGAAUGGAUACUUGUUGUACAUGGUACACAACAACCACCAUAUGCUCAUCUAUCUGAUUCUAUCAUAAAUAUUGCACCAAAAUUAGGUAUAGUCAAGAAACAACAUGAAACUAAACUAUUUAAUGCUUGAAAAAGAUGAAUAAACAAGGAAAUUCAAAAAAAAAUGAGGAAAAGUCGUUUGAUUUCCAUUCGUAUUUUAGUUUAUUCUGAGCAUUGUAUCAAUGUUGUCUAUUUUUAUGACAUACUACAUGACAUUGAUAGUAAUCAUGUUCAAUGUUCAAUUAUAUUAUAAAGUCAAUCCUAUCAUUUUAACUGUUGUAAAAUACAGAAAACUUGAUUGUGAUCCCAUGAUCAUGAUCAUAAUUGUGAUCUUAUUGGUAACUAAUGCCUUUUCUACUUCUUGAGAGUAAUCAACAUCGAAUUGCACAAUCUGUUGUUGUUUUUUGUUUGUUUUUUUAAAAACAAACAUGACGUCAUUCAUGACAUAUGUCAUAGUUUUUGUGAUUAUCCGUCUGUCUGUCUAUCUAUCUAUCUGUCUAUCUAUCACAAGAUGUAAUAUGUAUUUUAUUAUUAUUUGUUAUGUCUUUCGAAUAGAGUUUGUAAAUGGUUUGGUUACUAGAUUCAUGUGAUUAUCAUCUCUAUUCUUGUUUGUCCAUAUAUCCACUUUGUGAUUUCUUAUUCCCCUUCAAAAUUGAAUAAACCGAUUGAUUAUUGUUAGUCACUGGGAUGUUCUUAUCAUAUUAGUAGAUUAAUUAAUAUAUGUGAAUGAAGAAUAUUCAUUUC